AAACAGGUUAACGCAAACAAAUGUUCUGUCUCUGCUCAACAGAUGCCAUGUUGCUUCCGAAGAAGGGACGAAUACCUUUCGGAAUAGCCAUGAACUGUUUAUGGAGAGUCCUGGCAAUUUUCUUAUCAUUUCUUCCAAGCACAUUGUCUCUCCAGCCAGCCCAGGCCAAAGUAUUGCUGGUAUCUUUUGAUGGAUUUCGAUGGGAUUACAUCUGUAAAGCCUCAACUCCCAAUUUUCAUUAUGCCAUGGAGAAUGGUGUUCAUGUCAAACAGGUCACUAACGUGUUUAUAACGAAAACGUAUCCUAAUCAUUACACAAUGGUGACUGGUCUCUAUGCAGAAAGCCACGGUGUAGUUGCUAAUGAGAUGUAUGAUCCUAUUCUGAAUGAAACUUUCUCUUUGAGCAGAAUGGCUGUCUAUAACUCCAAGUUCUGGGAAGAAGCCACACCAAUAUGGAUAACAAACCAGAGGGAAGGACAUAAAACUGGCGCAGCCAUGUGGCCUGGGACAGAUGUGAAAAUACAUGGAGUCUUUCCUACGUAUUAUAUGCCCUACAACUAUUUUGUUUCCUUUGAAGAUAGAGUUGCUAGGCUUAUUGACUGGUUUACAUCAGAAGAGCCCAUAAACUUUGGUCUCCUGUACUGGGAACAGCCUGAUGAAAUGGGCCAUAUUCUGGGUCCAGAAAACCCACUUAUGGGGCCUGUAAUUAGUGAUAUUGACAAAAAGCUGGGAUAUCUUCUGUCCGAACUGAAGAAAGCAAAGCUAUGGGAUGUGGUAAAUGUCAUAAUUACAAGCGAUCAUGGAAUGUCAGAGUCUUCCUCAGAAAGGCUCAUUGAGCUUGAUCAGUAUGUGAAUAGAGAGCUCUAUAAAAUCUUUGAGAAUUCUCCUGUGGUAGCUAUUUUGCCAAAAGAAGGCAAACUGGAUGAAGUAUAUGAAGCUUUGGCCAAUGCUCAUCCCAACAUGACUGUAUAUAAAAAGGAGCAGAUUCCAGAUAGAUUACAUUACAAACACAACAGGAGAAUUCAGCCAAUCUUAGCAGUGGCUGAUAAAGGAUGGGAAAUUGUGUAUAAUAAGUUUGAUGUUAUUCAAUCUGGUAAUCAUGGAUAUGACAACAUGUUACCAGAAAUGCAUCCCAUUUUUUUGGCAUUUGGGCCUGCUUUCAGAAAGAAUGCCACUAAAGAAGUAAUGAAUUCUACAGACCUGUAUCCUUUAUUGUGCCAUCUGCUUGGUAUUAACCCGCUGCCACACAAUGGCUCAUUCAACGCUGUGAAAGACAUACUUGCUGAGGAAGUUCCCUUUGGAGCAGACACCUAUGCUACUGUUCUAGGAGUCUUUCUAGGCAGCUUUCUUGUUAUGGUUUUUAUUGCAAUUUUCGUUAAGCAUUUUAUCUUCAUCCAAGCAAACACCAUGCAAAUGAAACAUACUGAAGCUGCCCAACCACUGUUGCAAGAUUAGUAACACGUGGUACUAUUUCCUGUUUGAUGCUUAAUGUAAGCUUACACAAAAAAAAAAGUCACAAAAAUGGAUAGAGGUGGGUCAGCAUAAAUGCGUGGAAUAAAAGGAAAUGGGUGCUGAUCCAUUGGUCCAGUGGAGUGCAUACAUACCAGGUGUGCAGAGAAAGAGCAUGUUUCUGUUUCAGCCUAUAACCACUUAAUCUUUCAGGGGUUGAAAAUACUCUUAGGGACACUGUAUGUAUGUAGACAUGUAGAUCUUAAAUACCCAAUUCUGACCUACUUUAGGGAAAUAACAUCAGCUGAGGUGCACUUCACAGACUAUUAUGUGGUGAUUUAAUCCCCCUCCACCCCCCCUUUUUAUUUUCCUUUGAGAAGUUCUUUUUAGUUUCUUGGAUUCUAACAAGUAACUGAAUGGGACUAGAUUUCUUUGGGGUGUUUAUUGCAUGACCAAGGAAGCUUUUGCAUGGAUCACCAUUGCAGCUAGCUUGGCAGAAUAAAUCCUGCAGAAAAACAACAUUAUUAUUAAGCUAGGUCAUGCACUGCUAAAUGUCUUAAGUUUAGAGUUAGGCUUAUUUCUUUAAACUACUGUGUUAACUGUAGCACCAGAAUAAGAACCUAGGCGGUAUUGCCUUCAGCAGUCAGCAUUAAA